CCUAGAUGCAUGCUUCGAUAUUCCUCUAAUGUAAAGCCUCUGCAGACUUCACAAGAAAGAAGCCUGUUGAUCCGAGUCUCUUCAACCAAAACCCUCGCACAUGUUGUUCAACAAUCAGUACGCUAAAACCCUAAAAAUCUUACUAGUCAAUUUCAAAAAUCCAAUCUUUAAAACCCGGCUGAAAAUAAAUCCACCGCCUUUUACAUACACCCAAAGCCACUGCUAUGUGAAUGUCUACAUGAAAUGGAAGCAAGAAUUUUACUUCGACUCAAUUGACCUCAUCCACAACUCAAUACAUCUCAAACCCAUCAUUGCCGUGAAGAAUGUUAUCAUCCAAGAGCCUUCUGGUUCCAUCCCAAUCUCUGCUGUUUCAAAGAGAGGACUUCAGUUUGAUAUACAUGUUAAAGUUGCGAGGUUUUUGAGACAAUACCCAUCAAUAUUUGAAGAGUUCACUGGGCCUAUGUAUAAUUUGCCUUGGUUUAGGUUGACCCAAGAAGCUGUUGAGAUUGAUAGACAGGAGAGAAUUGUGUAUGAGGAAUGUAGAGAAGAGCUGAGAGAGAGGCUGAGGAGGUUUAUUUUGAUGAGUAAAGAUAAAGUUUUGCCUUUGAAGGUUGUUAAAGGAAUGGAGUGGUAUUUGGGGUUGCCUAGUGACUUUUUAGAGCACGCAGAAGUGAGCCUUGAUGGGUCUUUUAGGUUCGUUGAUAUGGAAGAAGGAUUAAAGGGGUUGGCUGUUGAGAGUGAGGGUAGAAAAGUGUUUUCGACGUUGCAAAGAAAUGCUAUGAAGAAAGGAGUUUAUUCAGGAGAACCGAUGGAGGCUAUUGAGUUUCCUCUUUUUCCUUCAAAGGGUUUGAGGUUGAGGAGAAAGAUUGAGGAUUGGAUAAAUGAGUUUCAAAAGGUUCCUUACGUAUCACCAUAUGAGGAUUCUUCACUUUUGGAUCCUACUAGUGAUAUAGCUGAGAAAAGAGUUGUGGGGUUCCUACAUGAGCUGCUCAGUCUUUUUGUUGAGCAUUCUGCAGAGAGGAGGAAACUUUUGUGCCUUAAGAAGUAUUUUGGGUUGCCACAAAAGGUUCACAGGGCAUUUGAGAGGCAUCCCCAUAUGUUUUAUCUGUCAUUUAAGAACAAGACUUGUACUGCUAUUCUUAAAGAGGCUUUCCAGGAUAAGUAUGCUAUAGAGGAGCAUCCGUUGUUGAAGGUGAGGAAAAAAUAUAUUAAGUUGAUGAAGAAGUCGGAUGCAAUUUUGAAGAAUGGAAGAUCAAACAACCGGUUUGUUGAUACGGGGGAUCUGGAGAAGGAAAAGGAAUUGGAUUCGAAUUAUGAGGAUGAAGACAUAGGAGUGAUGGCCUAAUAGGAGUGUGUCACAGCUUUCCAAACAGGAUUAAUCAGAGCUGCAAGUUGAUUGAUAAGCUUUUCAGUGGCUAGCUAGUGGGACUUUCAUGUUGGAAAAAACUUCUCUAUCCAUAAAUCUUCUCAAUUACAGAGGAAUUAGUGGUGCAUUUUGACAAUCCAAAGACCAGGCAACUGUCUGAAGGUUCCCUGCAAUGUGAUUGUUUUUUCAAUUAUAGUUUACUCUGGGAGUGAACUAGACCAUUCCUAAGAAUUUGCGAGGAUGACUCAAUGAAAUUUGAUGUUAAAUUACUGACAGAAUUCUUACUGCAGCUGCAAUGGAAGCUGUGGUUUCCCUCAGACUAUGUGGGAUCUUCUUUGCUGUAUCAGACUAUAAUGUUCUACUGGACAAUCUACCAAGAUGAGAUUCAUGUGAAAAAAUCAGUUAAGACUUGGGGUGACAGUGUGUUAAUCAUACGGGGAAGAUGGCAGGGAGAACAAUCAAGCCUGGAAGAGAAGAUCAUUGCUAUGAAUUCAUAAGUAAUGUUAAUUAGGAAGCCUAGCAAAAUGGAUGUGUGGAUGAGUUAUGACUUUGUAUUAUUGUGAAAUUAUAGCCAUUGUGUUCAAAUGUAACAAGAUUCCAUUUCUGGUAAGUGAUUAUCAUCUGAAGUUUUAUGUGAGAA